UUCUCUGUCUGUCUAUCUGCAUGUCUGUCCAUAUGUAGAUAGUUCAGCACCAGAAAGUUGGAUAGAGAAUAUAAUAAAGGGGAGGGGGAGGGGAAGGCAAGGGGAGGAAGUGAAUGGCUCUGAUUGGCGGAGGCGUAACCAUGACAACCAGGUGGGAGGGAGGGAACAUUGCAGCGUCAACAAGUGAAAGGCGGGAAGCGGGGGUUUGAGAGGCCAGUUCUGCCCCGAGGCGCCGCGGGGAAGCACUCACACGCCCGCCAGAAUUCGAACCGUGCGGGUGAGCGAGAUGUGCUGACCGGCCCUCGACGCUGAGCUGCUCCUGGUACGAUCCUGACGGGCGGCGGAACUUUAGUAGUAGUGUUGGUGUGCGUGGUGGUGUGUCUCCCUCCCUUCCUUCUACAUGCGAGGGAUUCCGUGACCGCGAGGAAGACUGGUGAAGAAGAGGAAAGAAGACAGAGAGGAGAGGAGAGGAGCAGGAGAGGAGAGAGCUUGUUACAGUACGGAUUCUAAGAUGAAGACGAGAUUAAAGUUCCGGCCGCUGCCGCUGCUGCCGCUGCUGCUGCUGGGGCUGCCCUGCUUACCGGCCCUUGUCUCAGGUCAGUGCUUCGGCGGGACGCUCACGAUGGAGAAGACGGUGGGCGUGACCUUCAGCGAGCCCUCCACGCCGCUCUUCAACAACCUGGACGCCGCCAUCACCAGCGACUGCAACGGCUUCUGCAAGGACAGCCCCGCGUGCCAGGGCUUCAGCGUGGAUUACGAGAAGUCCACCUGUGUCGCCUAUGACCGGAGUUCGAGGGAUCGGCGCUCGUCGCUCAUAGCCAAGCCGGGAUUCAACUAUUUCGAGAAGAUCUGUUUGACGGGAGGAUCUCCACAGCUCGACUACAAUCAGCUAUGCGGGCAGGAGCGACUGUGGUCCUUCGAGCGCGUCCUGGACUCCUUCCUCGAGGGCCACGACAACAAGACCUUCCCGAACGUGGACAAGCGCGCGGACUGCCUCAAGCUGUGCCUCGCCGAGAAGAGCUUCCUCUGUCGGUCCUGCGAGUACGACGUCACGAAGAAGGAGUGCCGCCUGAGCCGUGAGGACCGCAGGACAAAGCCGGCGGACUUCGUGUCGUCGCCUGGCUCGUUCGUGGACUACAUGGAGAACCAGUGUGUGAUGCCGCUGCCGGACUGCCGCUACGUGGUGCAGAACGACGUGAUGGUGGUGUCCAUGGACUCCCUUGAAUUCGCCAACAUCCAGAGUGACUGCGAGAGCCUGUGCGACAAGACGAGGAUCAUGAACUGCCGCGCCUACACCUUCGACCCCCAGGAGAAGAGGUGUUACCUCUCCGGGGACGACUCGGUCUCCCUCAACCAGACGGUGCUGCCCUUUAAGUCGUCGGUCGUGACGGGCGAGAAGCAGUGCACCGUCAGCCAGUGCGAGCAGGACCAGGGCACGAUCAUCUACGAGAAGAUGACGGGCCAGACGGUGCGGACGGCGCGCGAGGCGGCCUACCAGCUGGACACCUCGCCCGGCGGCCUUAGCGAGAAGUGUGGCCGCCGCUGCCGCGAGGACUCCGGGGAGUGUCCGGCCUUCGCGGUGGACUACGUUGUGGGCCGCUGCUUCCAGCUGGACCGCAACACGCAGGGCCGCAGCACAGACAUCAUCAACACGCCCGGCAAGAGCUACUUCGAGAAGAUAUGUGUGCGAACCAACCUGCCGCCACAGUGCCGGGACAGGGUGUGGCACUUCGAGCGUGCGCCGGGCAUGGAGCUGCGGGGCCUCGACGACCGUCAGCUGACACUCGUGCAGAGCCGCCGGGACUGUAUCGAGGCCUGCAUCGGGGAGACCAGCUUCCUGUGCAGGUCCGCCGAGUACGACUCAGCGCAGCUCCUGUGUCUUCUCAGCCGCAGCGACAGGCGCACCGACCCGGCCAGCUACGUGGAGGCGGCCACGCCCACCACGGAAUACCUGGAGAACCAAUGCGCCCCUGUGGACAACAGCUGUCCCUACCGCAAGACGGAGGGCGCCUACCCGCUCUACUUGGACGACACCGUCGGCGGCGUACUGACGGAGCAGCAGUGUCAGCGCACCUGCACCAACUACCGCAAGUUUAACUGUCGCUCGCUCUCCUUCUACCCCGCCGGGUCGCAGUGCUUCAUCUCCGGCGACGACAAAGCGUCUGGAGGCGGCACCGCGGCCCUCCAGAACCGACCAGGCACGACCUACUACGAGAGGGACUGCAGGGCGGGCGGCGGCGGUGGUGGAGUCGGCGGGGGCGGAGGCACAGGGACGGGCGGCGGCGGCGGCGGCGGCGGCACAGGGACGGGGGGCGGCGGCGGCACUGGCGGCGGCGGCGGAACUGGCGGGGGCGGCACUGGCACUGGGGGUGGGGGAGGGACGGUCACCCCGCGGCCCCCCUUCCCCCCGACUACCUUCAGGCCCCCCCCAGGAGGAGGUGGAUUUUCCUUCGCAGUAGAUCGCUGCAGAUUAGGCCGCCUUACCUACGAGAAGGUGAGCGGCUUCGAGCUGUCCGGCAUCAAGUCCAACAUCCUCAACUCCAGCCGAGUCCCAGGCAUCACGGCCUACUGCACGGAGGCCUGCAAGAACGCGGACCGCUGCAUGGCCUUCAACCUCGACUACAACCGGUUCGAAUGCUACGCCCUCGACACCGGCUCGUCCGAGGCGCCGCAGAACCUCCGCCAGUCGAGCGGCGUCGCCUACUUCGAAGCCAUCUGUCUGCGGAGCGGCGGAUGCGGGCUACAGUGGACCUACGAGCGAGUACCGAACUUCGAGCUGGUGGGCCGCGACCGGGAGACCUUGAACGGCAUCAGCAAGUCGGAGUGCAUGGAGCGGUGUCUGGAGGAGCGGCGGUUCCCCUGUCGCUCCGUCAGCUACGAGUACUCCCGCCGCGUGUGUCGCCUCUCCGACCACAACCGCUUCUCCGCUCGCAACUCCUUCCAGGCCGCCCCCAACGUCGACUACAUGGAGAACCAGUGUGCCCCGCCGGCCAGUGAUUGCACGUACACCAACAACCAGCGUGACCGGUACCUCAUCUACACGACCAAGACCACCUCAGCCUUCACGGACGCCACCUGUCGCCGCGCGUGUGACCUCGAGAGGGACUUCAACUGCCGAUCCUACUCCUUCUUGAGCAUGAGCAACACCAAGACGGACCAGUGCUACCUGAGCGGCGACACGGGCACCAACGCGGGCAACAACGCCUUCCAGUUCAUGCGAGGCGCCAUGUUCGCUGAGAAAAAGUGCUCCGUCUUCCCCACAGGUGGAGGUGGUGGUGGUGGCUUUGGAGGUGGAACGGGAGACGGAGGAUCAAGAGUCGGAGAUGAUGGAAUCGGUAUCGGAGGAGGAGGAGGAGGAGGGUUUGGUGGUGGAGAUGGAGGUGUUGGAGGGGUUGGUGGUUCGGGAGGUGGAUUUGGUGGAGGACGGCCAGGCUUCGGUGGAGGUUCUGGGUCAGGCUUUGGUGGAGGUGGUGGACGGCCAGGCUUUGGUGGAGGUGGUGGACGGCCAGGCUUUGGUGGAGGUGGAACAGGAUCUGGAGGGGCUGGUUCAGGCUUUGGUGGUGGUGGUGGACGGCCAGGCUUUGGUGGUGGUGGUGGACGGCCAGGCUUUGGUGGAGGUGGAACAGGAUCUGGAGGUGCUGGUUCAGGCUUUGGUGGAGGUGGUGGACGGCCAGGCUUUGGUGGAGGUGGAACAGGAUCUGGAGGUGCUGGAUCAGGCUUUGGUGGUGGUGAAGGACGUCCGGGCUUUGGUGGAGGUGGAGCAGGUUCUGGAGGCGCUGGAACAGGCUUUAGUGGAGGUGGAGCAGCAGGUUCUGGAGGCGCUGGAUCAGGCUUUGGUGGUACUGGACGUCCGGGCUUCGGUGGUGGAGUAGGAGGAGGCACUGGGAUAGGUGGAGGGACUGGAACAGGAGGCGCUGGUGGAAGUGGAGUAGGGUUCGUAGGCUUCGGUGGAGGCGGAAGUGGAACAGGCUUCGGUGGAGGAGGUUUCGGAGGUGGUGGAACAGGAGGAUCGGGCUUUGGGAGUGGAGGAGCAGGAGCAGGAGGAGGUUUUGGAGGUGGAGGAGAUUUUGGAGGAGGUUUUGGUGGAGGCAACGGAGGCUUCGGGGGAGCAUCAGGACCGGACGCAGAAGGCGGCGGAGGCGGCAUUGGUGGAGGAGGUGGUGUUGGUGUUGGUGGAGGUGCAGGAGGAGAUCCCGUGGACGAGGAGGACCUUGUUUCCUCAGUGGCCGACUGCCGGUUCAACCCCACGUACGACAAGGUGCUGGGCGUCGACCUCAGAGGAGCUCGGGAAGAGAUCCGCACAAGGGACCCGCUCGGCAUCACCAUCGAGUGCCUGAAGGAGUGUGACCGUCAGCGGGAGCGGUGCAUGGCGGUCACGCUGGAGACGGCGCCCUCCACGGCCCAACGCUGCUACGCCCUUGCGCGCGGCUCCGGGAACGACCCCAGCACGCUCACCACGGCGCCCACGGUCUCCUUCUUCGAGAAAACUUGCAUCCCCGAGCGGUCGUGCGGUAAGGCGUGGGCGUUCGUCCGUGUGCCCGGCUUCGACCUGGAGGUGAACGGCCGGAUCCUCAACAACGUGCCCACCCGACAGGAGUGCCAAGCGGAGUGUCUCAGGGCCACCAACAUCCCCUGCAGGUCAGCGUCGUACAACAGCAGACAGCGCACGUGCCGGCUCAUGGCGGAGACGCGUCGCACCGACCCGGAGAAGUUCAGCCCAGCGACUCGCGAAGUGGAGUUUUUGGAGAACCAGUGCGCGCCGGACCCUCCCAACUGUGACUACGCCAACUACGAGGGUCGCUUCCUGCCCUACUUCGACCGCUACUUCACCAACGUGUUCGACUCGGCGGAGUGUAAGAAGUACUGCGACACCGAGCGGGACUUCUCCUGCCGCAGCUUCAACUUCCAGUCCUUCAGGCGGGAGUGUUCGCUCAGCUCGGACGACACCUUCACCGUGGGGGGCCAGGGCGCGCUGCAGGUGGAGCGGGACUACUUCUACUCCGAGAAAGGCGCCUGCAAGACAGUGAAGGUGGACUGUACUCCCACCGACAUGCUGGUCACCUUCUCUUUCGGGACGGCGUUCGAGGGUCGCGUCUACGCCACUGGCAACGCGCAGGCGUGCUUCGAGAUGGGCAACAGACAGACACAGGUCAUCCUGAGGGUGCCGCUGGGGGCGACCUGCGGCACGGAGGAGGAGUCUGACGGCAAGUUCGUGAACACGGUGGUGGUGCAGCAACACCCGCUCAUCAUGCAGGAGUCUGACCGGACCGUCAAGGUGGAGUGCUCCUUCGAGGCGGGCGACCAGACCGUCAGCUUUGCUCCGGGGGCCGACGGCGGCAGGACGGGCGGCGGCAUUGACAUCAACGCGGAGCACCAGGUGGUGAGCAACAUCAUCACGGGCUUCCUCAGGCGAGGCUUCAAUGGCAGCAGCGCACAGUUCCGGCCUGGCGGUAUCAACGACAUCAUCAGCAACACGGCCCCGACACCGACCGUUCGCAUGCGCAUCUACAAAGCCAGCGGGCAGGAGGCGACCAACGUGGACCUGGGCGAGCUACUGACCCUCAAGAUCGAAAUGGAGCAGUCCUCGGCCUUCGCUAUCUUCGCCCGGAACCUCGAGGCGCGCACGGACAACGGCGAACUGAUGACACUGAUCGAUAACGUGGGGUGCCCCCGCUACCCCAACAUCUUCCCGGAGCUCCAGCUGGAAGAGCGCACCAAGAGCCUCUUCGGGGACUUCAAGGCAUUCCGUUUCCCGUCCACCGCGCGGGUCAACUUCGUGGCCACUAUCAGGUUCUGCCAGGACGUGUGUGAGCCGGUGGCGUGUGGUGGCGGCGUCGUGUCGUACGGGCGGCGCCGCAGGAGUGCUGGCAACGCGACGGAGGAGGACGAGGGCGAGGAGGUGGUGGUGGAGGUGUCGACGGACGGGACCAGCGACACCGCCUACACUUUCAACCUCGGCAGCUCCCCCCACAGCAUCGAUCCCCCGGCCAAAACCACCAAGCGAUCGAUUAACACCUCCACCAGCAAAGCGGCGACCUCCACCUCCUCCACAUCAACCACCACGACAAUUGGCAGCAACACCACCACCAGCACAACCUCCAGCACCACCUCCAGCUCCACCCACUCCGCCUCGGCCACCACCUCGUCCUCCACCACUCCCACCUACUACUCCACUACCACCUCCUCCUCGUCCACUACUGAGAAGGGGGAGGAGAUGGAGACACCCAGCGAUAUUCCUGUGGCUCUGUCUCUGGUCGUGGGGGAGGACACCAUGCCCGAGGGUUGGGACGAGCGGGGACGAAAUCGAUACCGUGACGCAGACACCUUCGUGGCCGACGACUACGUGUGCACCCCAACAUCCACCGUGAUCGCCGCCGUGCUAACGCUAAUGGUUCUGCUCUGCGCGGGCACGGCCGGAUUCGUUUUCUUCUACCGCACCAAGAAACGCCACUGGCAGAAAAUGGGAAGCUGUGAACCGUUCCCACUUCCGCCACAGCCCAAGUCGCAGUUCUUCGGCAGCCCCGACGUGAUGUUCCGCGCGGCGUACGGCGGCUUCCCAGGACAGUCCCACCUCGCCUCCAACAUGGCGGCCUUCAACACCGCUCAUGCCCUCGCCGCCAUGCAAGAAGAGUCGCCCCAGUACAAGGAAUAACCCACCCACGCCGCUAGUCGCCUGGGAACUGCAUGCCUUCGAGUCUAGUAUAUGUUACGCUUCCACACAUCGGUCCCUUUUGUCUCAUGCCCUAAAAGUUCCCCCAUAGAGCACCGUUCAUAUAUACAAGUUCCCUCCAUAGCGGACCACACGACCAAAGUUCUCCCUCAGCGCACCACUCAAACGUUUGCAUCCUGGACACGAGAAGUUUCCUGCAUCAAGACCUCGAUUCGUCAACCAUUCGGGAACCCUUCGCCAAGUGCCUCCUGUCGCCGAGUGCAGUCCAGGGCGACGCGGAGGACCUCUGGAGUCGGGUUUGUGUUGAUGACCCGAAUGCUUGGUGGAUUGAGCCGAGGAAGAAGAGACCGUCAUGUGCCCCGAGCCGCCGUCGCGCAGGCCAGGCACAGCGGCGGCCAUCGUGCCCUGCCCUGUGCCUCGUCCUGCGCAGACUCGGGACACACACUCGCAUCGCCGCGCGUGCUGGCUACUAUUACUAUUUUUUAUACGGAGUUGUUGUUAGUGCGAGGCUACUGUUAAGAGGUUCAAUCAAAGGUAACUUAGUUGUAUUUAUGGUGAGGCUUUUUGUCUAAGGAUUUUUUAUAACUUAGAGUAACGAGCAGUGUGAAGCGAGGCAUCCGCUGGGGCUUAGAGAGAGGCAGGGAUGUAAAGGAAGGGGCGGGCAGCAGGCGGGUAAGUGUCUCUUCUGCGUCCGCUAUUCUGCUCUCCCCACCCGCUUCUCUGCUCCGCCAUCCACGCUACACUGCUGCCCAAGACAUGAUGCUGUACACGCCUGUUUGAGCCGCCCACGCCCACGCCCACCCACACCACGCCUACGAGUACCGCUGCAGCUGGAAGUUCACUCCUUUUCGUUGGUCCCUCCUCCAAUCCGUCAACGCAAUGCUUAGUAUAAAUUGAUUAAUCUCCAAAAACCUCAUCGUCGCUGCAGCAUCACUUGUCACGCCGCCGUCCGCCGCCAGCACCAGCCAGGAGGAUAUCGGCCACGCACUUCGCUACUCAAAAACGGACACAAGGACUCACUCACAAGGACGCCAAAGAAGCACUCCUCACUCUUGCUAUACGUGCUCUUCUGGAGGCUUACGAGAGACGACCCACACGAGACAAGGCACAGGGAUACAGAGGAAGCAUCGCUCAGCCGUCUCCAUACAAGUGGAUACAAAGGGAAUACAAGGAAGGCAAAACACUGGGACACACAAGGACACAUCGCAACCCCGUCUCCAUCCUGCCUGGUACUCAUUCUCCAUACAAGUGCUUACAGAGGGAAUUCAAGGAUGGCAAAACACUGGGACACACAAGGACACAUCGCAACCCCGUCUCUAUCCUGCCAGGUCCUCAUUCUCCAUACAAGUGCUUACAGAGGCAAAGGCAAGCGAGGGAAGGCACAGGAAUACACAAGAACACAUCGCACCAACGUCUCCAUCCUGCCUGGUCCUGGUCCGCCACAAAAGGGUUCAGAAACGACACAAACGACACAUAGAGUUACUCAGCAUUCCCGCUUCACUCUUCUUCACGUGGUCCUGAGCGGGUUACACAGACUGACGAAGACUGAGGGAGUUACACACAGAGACCGACAAAGACAAGUGACUACAAACGUGCGUCGCCUCACUGAAGGAAGACACGAGGAAAAACAAAACAAAACACGAAGGGAAAAAAAGCGAGUCAUGGCCGCCGCUUCUUGUCCCUCAACGCUACUUUCUUCCUUCCUUCAAUGUUUUUUUUCUUUUUGAUUUCAAGAGUAAAACAAAAAGGGGAAUGCAUUAAAGAAAAGGGAAGAUACAGUGAAGGGAAAGUAAAGCUCGUAGUAAUGUACUCUCGUAUGACGUAGAUUUUAUUCAUUGUUUUGAUUGAUUACUGAGGACCUAAUUUGUAUAUCCGCCGCCUCUACCCCCCUCUCCCCCCCUCCAGCUAUCCUUACCCCCCCCCCCCCCCUUCACCCCCUCCUCCCCGGUCACCACCACCACCACCACCACUACGACUCCGAGCACGCGUGUCCAGAAUGCUCAUCGAAGUAGUUAGUGAUAAGUCGAAGUAGUAUUAGAAGUGUGUGUGUGCAUGUGUGUGUGUGUGUGUGUGUGUGUGUGUGUGUGUGUGUGUGUGUGUGUGUGUGUGUGUGUGUGUUACAAUUCUCUUUGCUUCGCGUGAUGAAAAAAAACAACAGUCGGGAAGGUUUGUUGCUGCCAUUCCGCGACUCACCGAGAAUUGAACGAUAGAAUUAAGACAACUAAGUAAAUUUAAUGUAGCGUACGUAAUUCAUCUAUCUAUCUAUCUAUCUAUCUUGUAAGGCAAUGAUAGAUAGGAAGCACGUAUAAAAGGUAGUGAGAUGUAGUGUGUUGCCUAUCUAUUAGUUCCUUACAAUCUAUCUAUCUAUCUACUUAUCUCUAAGGACCGUAUGAUAUUAAUGAUUAGUUGUUAGACCAACCAAAAAAAUAGCACCCAGGCACCCGUUGGCCAGGAGGACCCACGCGCCUCCAUGGCUUCACGUCGGUGCCUCGCGUCUCUCCCGCACUCAGUUAGGUUCAAAGGUUCUUCUCUGUCCUGCCAACACAGCAACACAUUCGCGGAUCCGGACUCUGACGGACCCCAGCUUGCGUCCGUCAGUCCAUCGGCACCGCGGCAGCACGCGUGUUUCAUCUCUUCUGCGACUACAGUAAAGCAUUGCUCAUCGGCGUGGUGGUGGUGGUGGUGGUGGUGUUGAGGCUGCGGUGAGUGACAUGGUUUCGGUGUACUUUUCAAACCCGGGGGACAAAGAAACACUGCAUUAUAGUUCACAAUCCCGUCCAUACUGUCAGCGUCCUUUUGUUGUGGGACUCGCGGUAGCGGCGGCGGCCAGGCUCACGGCAGACAGCCAUGCCUCGUGUCGCGGAGCGCCAAGGACCACAUACAAAACCCUCAGCUUCAGUAUCUCGAGUGUUAUCAUAUUUUGACUUUUUCGUACCGGUGUGUUCUAAGUUUUGCAGCCUGUCUGUGGGCGGGCCUUGCAGCAGCCAGCAGCCACAAGCACACCGGCGUUGCAGUACUCGACACAAGGUGACGGGUCGAGCCGCCGUACACUGACGACUCAGCUGCUGGCGUGAGAUCGCCCGUCGGUAACCGGUCACGGCUGAGUCGUGAGAGAAGGGGCCGGCGAGCGUGGGGCGUGCACAGUGCGUGCAUGUGUGUGUCGUGUGCGUGGUGUGAGUGGGUGGCGGGCGAUGUUAGAGAUUGGCUCCCCGGGGCGCGGCCCUGGGAUGGGAAAGGACGUGUGCCAGAGGCUGGGGACGGGAGGGAGGUCGUGCAGCCAGCUGGUGCACGCGUGACACCACAACACCUGACGGACGGCGCCAAUAAAGACAUGUCUCGUG